GCUUGUCUGGCACGCGCGUCAACAACUGUUCAACCGAGGAGCGUCUCUGCAUUCUAUUGGCGCGCAUUGUCGUUCGUAAAAUGUACGAACACACGUGUCUCGUGUCAGUCGGUACCAAGAAGUGAAUCGUGACGCCUUGUUCGUACGCAUUUCUCUCAAACUUUCCAAUUGCUUGGUAGUUUAAUCAUCAAGAAUCCUCAGUUGAUUGAUCACACGCACUUUCGUAACGAGAAUUCGCUUGAUUGAACAUUCAGUGACUUCUUGAUUCAUUUUACUGCACUUUCUGUCGAUCUGUGAUACUCUUGUGUGUACUCUGUCAUUGUCAACCCGGGAAUAUGAUAGGUUUUGAACCUAUGUAGCCGGCAAAUAUAAAUUAUUCUAGUGAUGUUGAUUUAUCUAAAAAAAAAGUAAAUUAGAUUUUUUUAUUUAAAGUUUAUUAAAAAAUUUUUAAUUUGUGUUUUUUAUAUUUUACAAGUGUUAAUAAUAUAAAAUUUAACCACAAGUGAAGAAUACAUUUACUUGAUUACGCAGUUAAUUAUGAUAAACUUUAUUGGUUAAAUUUGUUUACAUUAUGUUAAAAUAUUUAGACAAUAAAGAUAAGUAAUUACAGUGUAAUAUUUCUAAGAAAUUUCAUGUCGUUCUAUAAAUAGUUUUAUUACUUAUCAGAUUAGAUUUAAUUAAUCAUGAAUUAUGAUUUCAAUUCAUGCUUUUUCUUCAAUCAAUCUCCUGGAAGAAAUGAAUAUUUGAUAAUUUGGCAAAAGACAUAAAAUAUUAAAAAUUACAUCAGUAGAGGAAGGAUAUGAAAUAUUAUUACAAAAGAUUGUGAAAAAUAAAAUAAUAAAGUGAGUAAUUGUGGUAAAGUUAUCAACAACAUUAUGCUUCAUUGGACCAGUCCAGUUGAUAGAGGUUAUGCAGCUCCAACGAGUAGGCAAUGUCUCAAGUAACAGUAAUAAACCGUUGAAUGAUUCUGAAACAAUGGCAAGUAAAGGCAUGAAUUCUCCAGUUUUAUAUAACCGAAGUUUCCUACAUGGUGAUGUUAUUAGAAAAAAACAUGAAACACUUGAUAGUUUAGCUUUAAGAAGAACUAGUUUUCCACUUCAAUUGGUUCCCACUGAUAUCGUUAUCAUAGAUAAAAACAUAGAGGAUACUGAUGAUAUUUUAUCGAUUGAUUCUUGCCAAAUUGAUGCUUCUACUGAACGACAGUCUAGUUUCAAGGAGCAAUCAAACAAUGGUGAGGAGUAUGAUAGAGAUGCGAGAAUCACAUCAGUGUUGAAUUCUGUUGAUGAUAUUGCGAAUAAAGAGGACGUUGACACUCAAGUACCGAAAGACUUAGCAGAUUUGCGAGUAAAAUCUGAAACAAAGUUGGAAUGUGAGUUGACUCGUUCAAAAAGAAGGUCUCCAUCGAGUGCAGAUGGUGGAAAAUUAGUUGUUAAACCGAAAUGGAUUUUUACAAGUACAAUGAUGCAUUACGUUCCUAAAAAAAGUAAAAGACAUAAAAGUUAUAGUAAAAAUUUCUCGAAAAGUAGUGGAAAGCAAAAAGAUAAGAAUAAAGACUUACCUCGAACUGUUUCUCUACCUACAGACUUUGUUCAUGUCGCAGGCAAUAGAAGAUGGUCUUGGCUUCAAGAUGUAGACUUAAAUACUCAGACAAAGGUAAUUACUCAUGAAGAAAAAUGUGCGAUACUGACUUUGAUUGGAGAAAAACAAGAUAAGGAAAAUAUUUGUGAAAGGAGUUCAUCGGUAGAAACACCGGUAUACGAACCUGUCGAGAAAUCGGUGAACGAGUCAACGGUAUCUUUACCUGAGAGCUCAAAUCAACCGGAAGAACUCGUAAAAAUCAACAGCGAGUCUCAAGUCUAUUCAUCAAAGCCUCGUGCUAAUGUGAGUUUUUUGUGGAGCAACAUUGCCAAGUGUUCGAGCGAUGAAAAGAAUUUGGAAAAUUCUAAAAAUGAAUACAAUUGUGCGGAUAACCAUGAGUACGAUGAUGUAGGUCCUUCACAACAAAUUCCGGAUGAAACAUAUGAUGAUGUGGGAGUGCCUAAAGCAUACGGAAAUGGUAUAUUUUCUGUGAAAUAUCAAGAAGAAGUAAGAGAAGAUGAUGAGCAAGUUUAUGACGAUGUUAUACCGUCUAAUAUACCUAUUCCAUUGUUGAAAAUGGAAGUGACAGAAAAAGAAUCUACAAAAACCGAGAUUCUGAAGAAUCUAGAGGUUGUACCGAUUAGUUUGAAAAAAAAUAAUUCUGCUGAAAAAACAGUAGACACAGAAGAUGGCUUUAUCUACGUGACAAAUGAUGCUUAUUCAACAAUUGGUGAAGAUACUAACGAAGAAGACGCCGUUUAUGAUGAUGUAGGAAUUUUAUAUGAGUCUCGUGUUAACAGUAUUUAUGCUGGAUCUGUUGAUAUUUUUUCCUUAGAUCCUACCAAGGAAUCUGAAUGGGAAGAUUUAGAAGAAUGUUCUCUGCUUAAUGGAGUAUCAAAAAAUAAUGUACAAUUAUCGCUUAAGAGUAUAACAGAGUCUCAAGCGGUAGUAAAUAAAAAGAAAUCAGGGCAAAGACGGGCAAGGAAAGUUCGCCGCCAGAGAUCCAAAGCAUCGCGAAGGAAUUCAGCACGUUCGGCCAACAGACUGUCGCGACAAUCCACUAUAUCUGAUACGUGCUCCGAUGAUUCAAAUUACGAGACUUUAUACUCAUUCGAGGCAAACCAUCAAAAUGAUAUGGAAUCAGGAGUGAAAAGUUGGUCGGAAAAUUCAACUGAGGUGGUAUCGAGAAAUCGAAUUCCUAUGGAGGCACCAGCAAGACCCGUCCCGCCUCCUCCACCCAGAGAAUCUAAUUUAUCAGGAACAAUUGGUAGAAGAAUGCAAAUAUUAAAAAGAACUUGGAGUAUCACUAAAGGUAGUUUAGGACGCAUGAGAAGAAAAGCAUCUACAGAUAUAGAGUCAAAUGUUGAUGAUAAUGGAAAAUCACUAAACUUGGAUCACCAUACUGAUGGAAGAAAAGGCAGCCAAGUAUUCAAUUUUAAAAAACAUUUUCAAAGGAAUACAAUCGGCACUUCUACCUUCUAUCUUGAUAAUGGCUGCGAUAAUAAUAUGAUAACCAGUAAUAAUAGCCUUGAUGAAAUUUAUCAGAAUAGCAAUUGGUCAAUUAAUUCUAAUUAUUCUUCAGCUCAAGAGAAUUCAAGUGAGAAUGAUUAUAAUAUGCUAGCUGGAGAACCUUUGUAUCAAUUUUAUGCAGCAUCAACAUUUCGAGGGGCUUUUCAAUCAGAUUCUGAUAGUUAUGGUGAUACAGACGAUUCAAUAUCAUUGCCAGCAACAUCUGAAUUAGGAAAACCUGGCCAACGAACAUUAUGGAGUCAAACUCCCCAAGUAAUAAAAAGUGGCCUACUCGAAAGAUUAACUCCUGACGAAAAAAAAAUACAAGAAGCUAAAUUUGAAAUAAUUACAUCGGAAGCAUCGUAUUUAAAUUCUCUUAGAGUGCUUGUUAAUGAGUUUUUAAUUAAUCAUGAGCUAGUAUACGAUGCUUUGUCACCAACCGACCGUGAAAAACUCUUUGGGAAUGUACCGAGUGUUUUAAUUGCUUCUGAAAGAUUUCUGGCGGAAUUGGAAAGUGUAUGGAAAGCCGAUCCAAUGUUGCCAGGACUUCCAGAUGCUUUACUUAAGCACGCAGAAGGGUGCUCUAAAAUCUAUAUAGAAUAUUGUUCGAAUCAAGUUAGUAUUGAUUUAACAUUGAAAGAGUUGAGAUCCAAAAAGUCUUCCAAGUUUAUUGAAACGGUGACACGGAUAGAAUCACAUCCGGCAUGCCAAAAUUUGUCUUUACAUUCCUUUUUAAUGCUGCCAAUGCAACGAGUUACCAGGUUACCUCUGUUAGCUGAUGCUGUCUUGUCAAAAUUAUCUACGGACCAUGAAGAGAGAUUAAAUUGGGAGAAAGUUUUAUCUGUGCUAAGUAAAGUUGUAACAGACUGUAAUGAAGGUGCUAGAAUAGCAGGAAGAUUGAUCGAAAUGAAGAUGUUGGCAAAAAAAUUAGAAUAUUCAGUUAAAGUUCCUCCAAUCGAUUUACGGGAUCGAUAUCUCGUGCGCAGUGGACCUGUCACACAGAUUUGUGCUAAACCAGGCGCUGAUUAUGUAUUGACAUUCAGAAAAAAAUAUAAUAAAACUCCUCUCUAUCUUCUUCUGAUGACAGAUCAUCUUCUUGUUACUAAAUUGAAGUCCAAUGCUCAAGAUGAAAUUUAUUUCGUCAUAGAUUCAUGCAGAAGAAGUGUAGUUGCCUUAGAAAAGGUGCCGGAUGAUUCUCCUUUCGCUGGUAGACACGCGAUGAUUCUGACAUUGCUUGAGAAUUAUUGUGGACGACAUGUUGAAUAUAUUUUAUCAUGUCAAAAUGCGACUGAGAGAGAAAGGUGGCUUGAUGCAGUGUCUCCCCCGAAGCCUAGUUUAGUUGGUGAAACUUUAUAUGAAACAUGGGAUUGUCCUCAAGUUAUGGCUUUGUAUUCUUAUACUCCAGUUCAACCUGAUGAAUUAUCUCUUCAGCCAGGAGAUGUGAUUAACGUUCUCAGAAAAAUGGCUGAUGGAUGGAAUCUUGGAGAAAAACUAGUAGGAGGUGAACAAGGUUGGUUCCCAGGAAAUUAUACUAAAGAAGUUGCUUCAGAGCAUGUUCGUGCAAGAAAUUUAAGACAACGACAUCGAUUGCUUGCAUUGAGUGAGAGUUUUCUUCUACAUUAUGCUAAACAAACCGUUCGGUAAUGUGAUAUCUUAAUUAUAGAGUAAAAAGUGUAAUAAAAAAGGCUUCCUUGUUAUAUGCAAGAUAUUGUUAAUAAUAAACGAAAUUACAUUAUGUAAAUUAUUAUUUAAUAUGUAAAUUUGUUAUGUACAUAAAAAUUAUUCUAU